AUGCCUGAAGCUACCAAGGUUCGAAGAGCGUCUUCUUUGGCUGCUGCAGGUGUCACUGUCAAACCAAAGGCAACCAAACCCGCCACUGGCACCACUGCUACAACCACUGUCAAAAAGGCAUCUACCAGAGCAUCCACUACUACGACGCCUCGUUCUACCACUGCAACUUCUACAAGACCUGCUACCACUGUGAAAAGUAGUAGAACAGCAACAUCUACUACUAAACCGCCUGUCACUGCAACAAGAAGAAAAUCCAUGGCUACGGCAUCAUCCCUUCAUAACAACAACACCACCACCACAGCUACCACAGCUACCACUGCUAGUCGAGGUGCCAGGAUCAGUCCUACAUCUACCACUGACAAGGUUGCUACGACUACCACUUUGGGUACUCGACGAUCAUCUGCCACGGUUACGUCGGGUCGACGACUUUCGGUGGCACCACCUUCACCACCCAACUCGGAGCCGUUACCCAAAAUGAGUGAUCUCAAGGCUGAAAUCAAGACUUUGACUGACAAGCAACAAGAAAUCUCCAAGCAACUUGAAGAAAAGCAAACUCUGCUCAAGAACAAGGAGGAUGAGUUGAAUGAGAUUCGUCAGCAACUUGAACACGUGCAACAACAACUCAAUGAGACAACAACAUCCGCAACCAACGACAAACAAGUCCUUGAAGCCAAGGUCUCCGAGAUUGAAAAGGCAUUGGAUCAGACGCGUACACAUGCGGAGCAACUCGUGAACCAAUACGAAGAGGAGAAAUCCAACUUGGUGCGUGAGCAUGAAGGUACCAUGGAGCACAUGCGAGAUGCCAUGGAGAAUUUGCGUGAACGACUUGAGGAUGAAAAGCAAGCCCUUGAAAAUCAAUUGCUUAUCAAAAAGGGCGAGAUUGGAAGAGUCAACAAGGACAUGGAUGAGCUACGUGAAAGCAUCCAGGACAUGCACCAGCUACACCAAAAGCGCAUGACGACCCUUAGCAAUCAGCUAAACCAGCAACAUGCCGAGCAGAUGGAGAAAUUGAGAGAUGAAUACGAAUAUCAGCUGGCCUCGCUGCGUGAUCAAUUACCAGACAAGGCACAAAGUGUGCUUCAAGAACAAAAUGCCGAGCUGGAAAAGAAACUGCAGCAUGUCCGAGAAGAGUCGACUCGUCUCAAGGAGGAAUAUGAACACCAAAUCAAGGAAUUACGUGAGGCAUCUGAUAAGCAAUUGGAAGCGCUUAAGAAGGAUCACGCUCAAAAGUUGGAAUCCAUCAUAGCCAAUCAUCAGACUGAGUUGGCUACUUUGCGUAAGGAACAUGAUAAUGCCAUCAAAUUGGCUGAGAAACGUCACCAAGAGGCUUUGGAUGCAUUACACAAAAAUGCCAAAGAUGUGGAAAAGGCUAGAUCUGAAGCAGAGACUCAAUACCGCCAAAAGUAUGACCAGCAACUCGCUAAGGAGAAGCAACAUUUUGAUGGUGAAAUCAAGAAUCUUCAAGAAGUCAAUCGACGUGUCAUGGUUAAGGUUGCUAGCUUGAGAACACAAAUCGGUGAUUCCAAGAUUGGAUUGGAACAAGAAUAUCAGCGUCAGCUAAAUGAGGAGCGUCAAAAGACAAAGAAACUUCUCCAAGACGAGUAUUGGCAAAAGCUUGAGGACCUUGAAAAGAAGCAUGCACACGCUAUGGAGGAACACACAAGCCAAUCGCAGCGUCAACUUUCGGAUUUGGAGCGCACAUUGAGUGAGCAACAUGAAGCCAAGUUGGCGUCAUUACGCAAGUUGCAUGAAGAGGGUCUUUCAAGUGCGAGAACUGCAGCAGCUGCUUCAGCACGUAUGGAAACAGAGAUGAAUCUCAAAGCCCAACAUGAAAAGCAUAUUCAGCAAUUGACUGCCAGCCAUCGACAAGCUGAACAGCAAAUCCAGGAGCAUCACGCUCGUAGCAUGGCUCAUAUGGAGGAUCAGAUCCAAAAGUACCAGCAAGAAAAAAGUGAAUGGUCGUCCAAAUUGCAGCAAAAAUUGGAUCAAAUGGCAUCGGAUCGUCAAGGCGAUGUUGGUGUUAUCAAAGAGCAAGUAGAGGAGGUGCUUCAAAAGCUGCAUGAACAAGAAGUCGAACGCAUUGUUAGUAAACACAAAUCCGAGAUGGAAGAAAUGAAGCGGCAAUAUACCUUGCAGCGGGAUCGUGAGAAUGCUGCACAUGAACAAGAGCUUGAGAGGAUACGUGAACAGAAUUCUGGCGGCGUCGGAUCACAUCAGAUAAGCAAAAAAGAGCAUGAGGCUAUCAUCCAGGAAAUGCGUGCCAAGCAUGCAUCCGAGCUUGCCAAGCUGCAACAACAAGAUGCCACAAUAGCAACGUGCCAAGACAAACAUAGCAAGCAAGUCGAGGCGUUACAGGCUGAUUUGAUGGCAACUCAAGAAAAGGCACGCCGCUACGAGAAUGAAAUUAAGGAAUUACAGGAGCAGCACAAACAGCGCAUUACCGGCUUCGUGGAUAGCCAGGCUUCCGUUUUGGCUGGUAUUCAAGAACGUGUCGAUGGCAAUGGCAAAACAAAUGUUGAUAUCAACAAGAUCGCUGCACAAAUUUCACAUUUACAAGCCAUCCUGCGUGAACAACUUGAAUCCACAACGAAGGUUGUUGCUACAGAGGAGGAGACCAACCACAACAAGAUGAUGCAAAUGGCACAAAAGCAGCUCGGCGAUGUGGAGACCCUGCUCGUACAAAUGAACAACAACGAUCAAGAAAAAACAGGGUUCUCUGAGCACCGACCCCAACCCAGCACCAACAAGGUCCAAUGA